AUGAACUGGGAAUGGGAGCUCCCGGAAGCAACGCUGAGAUAUUGUUUUGGAUCAUGCCAGACGAGGAAAAUCUUCCCCUUCUUCCACCCUCCAAACAGACUAGGUAAUAAGAAUGUGCCCCUGGUGGGGGCACCUAAUAGAGGACCAGGAUGCUACCUCAAAGAAGAUCCCACUAGCCUGGCGUAUAGCCUCACUAAGACCCCUAUGAGCAAAAAGGGAUAUGUCAUUGGAUCCAGGACAAGUCAAAGGUUUCGAGUAGAUGAAAAGGAUGUAAAACCCAGUCCAACUUCAUAUCAGACAACAAUGACUAAGCGUGGAUGUUCUCUUCCUCAUUAUGCACCAUUUAACAGCAUUUCAUCUCGAUUUGAAGAGAAGGUCACAGAUUCAUCGUAUUUCCCUGGACCUGGAACCUACAAUCCAAAGACCUUGUUUUCCCGGAAAAUCACUUGGCCAAUGAAAUUUGGGUCUCCAGAUUGGGAUCAAGUGCCAGUCCUAAAGAGAAGGACCCUAAAAACUGAGCUGAUAACAGACAAAGAAUUCAGGAUACAUCGGAACCGAGUAGCCUACCUAAGCCUGUAUUACAGCUGAGAGGGAUCUUUCUCAAGUCCUGUUCAUCCUCUGAACCCAACCUAGCCUUAAAACCAUAAGGCAA